AUGGAUCCUAUCCCUAUUUACUCGGAUGGCGAAGGAGACAUAUUUGACUGUAUACAGACGGGAAGUAUUGAACAGUGUAUACAGUUCGUUGAAAAUGACCGAUCAAUUCUCAAGCAACAAGGCUGGGGUGGUUUCAGCCCGCUCCACUACGCUGCCCUCAAUGGUAACCGUGCUUUGGUUGACUUUUUCCUUAAUAAUGGAGCUGACCCUAACCUGAAUUCUAACGCAGGACAGACACCCUUUCAUUUUGCCUGCAGGCAGGGGAACAUCUUUAUCAUACACCUAAUGAUGCAGUAUGGAGCUGAUUUGCGCCUCAUAGACCUGCAGCAAAAAACAUCACUGCAUCAUGCAGUCUCUGGAGGCAGCAUUGUUGCAGUGCAAUUUUUGUUGGAGACAGGAAUGUUCAGAUUCUCAGACACAGACAUGUACCAUGUGACGCCCCUUCACCUGGCUUCAUCCACAGGCAACACAGAGCUGGUCCGUUAUUUGCUCAGAGACCAGAGGUGUGCUGUGGAUGCAGUUGACCAGCAGGGAGCGACAGCGCUCCAUGUUGCAGCAGAGCAUGGCGGUGUGGAGGUGUGUUGGACACUAAUGCAGAGAUCCGGUUGCUGGAUGCUCCAUCUGAAGAACAACAGCGGCCUCACACCACUGGAUCUCAGCAGACAGGGGAAAACAUUUAGACAUCAGCAACUCAACAAGCUACUCGUUCGGUACAUGAGGGAGCCAAAAUACCACAAGCCCAAAGAGUCCAAUGCUUUGUAUUGCUGGACACUGUCAUUUCCAACCCUAAGUGGAGCUACCAUCCUGAUAAUAGCGACUGUGUUGCGAGGCUAUGGGGGGAUAACAUGCACGUUGCUCUUCCCCUGGCUGGCCAGAAGCAUCUUCACACAGUUCCACCGCAUGACCACAUACCAAAGGCUAGCUAACCCGGUCUACCUGGGAACACUCAUAGCUGGCUUGAUUCAUUCCCUUCUCUGCUUCUAUGGAAGAAUAAUGCCUAGCGUGUGGCCGACCAGUGCUCUGGUCAACCUGUCAAUGGUGCACUUCUCCCUUGUCCUGGGUUUGUUCUGUAAGAUCCUGACUCAGGACCCUGGAACACUGGAAAGAGCAGACGCAGAUACUCGGUUCUCCUGUAUCGCUGACCUGGUGGAGAACAACGAGAGCCCUCACAGGUUCUGUCCAUACUGUGAGUUAUUCCAGCCUGACUACACUAAACACUGCAAGCUGUGUGACGUGUGCAUCACAGACUACGACCACCACUGCCUGUUCCUCAACCGCUGCAUCGGCCGUGGUAACCACCGCCUCUUCGUCUUAUUCAUCCUCUCCAUGUUGAUGGCCCACCUUCUUUUUGUUUCCACGGCAACAAGUUACCUGUAUGAAAUGAAGUACGACGGCUUCCACCUCUGGUCAUCGUGGUUUACAUUGUUAGGGGAUGAGUUCUGGGUCGUGUCCCUGAUGGUUAUGAAUGCAGUGACGCUGCUUUGGGAGGUAUGGCUACUCAUAGAGCAGUUUGAUGCUGUUUCCUCGGGAACAACUACCUACUUUGGACAGAGUGAAAGCUCAGUAAAACCGCGGUCACUAGCGCAGCGCUGGCCUAUAGUGCUGUCGUUUCUGCUGGAGGGUCGAAGACGGGUGGGAAGCGGACUAAUGAGAGAGGACAAAACUUCCAUAGACAUUUAAAACUGUCAGUUUGUACUGUGCUAUCUCAUUACAUCGCUCACUUGCUUCUGAGUUUACAGCGUCACUUGUGCGCAUUCAACCUUGAUAAUGUCCUCUUUAGAAUAAAUGGCUCCGUAAUGCCAUAUCAUGUUGUACUUGAAUGUAAAACAAGCUUAUAUCACAAUGAUCUAUUUAAAUUCACAAAAGGCUUUAGAGUAGAUUUGUUGGCAGGUUUGUCCUUAAAGUGGAUAACUAGCCCUUAGAGUUUAGAUGUUCACCUAGUUUUAGAGACCUCACUGAAUACUUUUAAGAUAACAAUUAACUUGUUGGUUUACAUUGUACUGUGAAAACUGCAUACUUCCGAAACUGUGUUUUAGCAGGGAACGCCUCAGAAUGAAUGAUUGUUAUGUUAUGUUGAAUAAAAUUGCCCAAUGGUGUAAAGCAUCAUUCACAGGUCUCAUAACAUUAGCAGGUCCUGUGAUUAGCUAGUGAUAAUGGUUAAUAUCAGGGGCACUGUUAGACUUUGUUCCUCACAUAAUGUCAUUACCUCUCUGACCUGCUCCCAGUCAUUUGAGCCAUGACACUUCCUCUGCUCUCACUAAUGAGAUCUUUUCAUGCUUUCAAUUAAACACACUCAUUUCCUUUGUGUCCCUCAGGACCCUAUAUUAAGAUUAUAGAUGAUGUUCCCCACACCCCUCAGAGGCUGGUGUGUCUGGACUUUGUGAGUGGCUACAUCACACAAAAUUAUUUAGUGUCUGCUGUAGUGAGUGCAUGUAAGCCUGUGAGUGCUUUUACUGGAUCAGUGUUAUUGUAUUGUAUAACUGGCUGUCACUUGUUAAUAUACCAAUACAUUUGAUUUUAUAUGUUCUAACAUAAUGUAUCUGUGGUUUCACAGUUUCUUUUGAUUUCCAGUAUGAAACCUCAUUUGUGCCAUGAUGGUUUUUUAUGGUGUAUGAAAAAUAUGCUUGAUUAAAUACAUCACGAAUAUCUGCCAUUAAAAACAUUAAAAAACAAACAAA